UUGAACACGAAGAAUUGGGCAUCGCUGUCAUUCAUACAUACAUAUGGUAUAUGUAUGACACAUUGAUGCGGGGAACUGAAUUGUGUAACCGAUUCAAUUUUAUUGCUGCUUCCCGUAUCAACACAACGUUUAUAACGAAAAAUCCAACAUCCGUAAUGAAUGAACUAGUCGAUAGAUUCAUGGUGGCCGGCGAUAAUACUACACCCAGUUUGUAUUUUUUACCGUUUAAUUCUGGCAACGGUGGUCACUGGGUGUUGGUUGCUAUGGAUCUUUCGAGACUAAUGGUGUAUUAUCUCGAUUCGUUACCGGGUAAUUGGAGUAAAUAUCCGAGUAUGAAGAAGACGGUUGACGCGGCAAUACUAAAAUUUAGAUCGAAAAAGAAUUAUCGUAAUAGGAAGGACAUUACCUGGGUCAGAUAUAAACUCCAUAUUGAAUAUUCCGAUUACUUUCAGAGGGAUCAAGGAAAAUCUCAGGAAGCACCUACAACAGCAUCGGCUGGAAGUCACCUAAAACAACGUACGCGUGAACUCAAGGCAUAUGCAUCAUAUGUGAGAAUUUCCCUUAGACCAUUCAUUGAAAAACAACCUCUUUCGUUUCCUAUUGCCAUGUUUGACACAGCUACAAUGACAAUAAUCACAAAUCUGAUCGAGUGUGUUGCAAGCCGAGUAUAG